GGAUAAUACAAGUAGGUGGAAUAUCCAUCCAAAUACCGACAGACCCAGAACAGGCUUCUCUAGAAAGAAUGUGAGCAGCCUGAUUCGUUGUACGGUGCACAUAUUGGACAACCAUCAUGUGCCUAAUAUCUCUAAAAAUAAUGUCGUUAUAGUGUAUGCCGUCUCCCCGAGUAAGCCCCUGGACAAUUUGCUUGGCAUCAGAUUCCACAAUGACCCGAUGUCAUCCCCGUUCCAGUGCCCACUUAACCGCUUCCUCAAUCGCCAUUGCUUCCGUUGUCCCAGGUGUAAAUCUCCCCUUUAAUUUCUCAUAAUGCUCCUCCCUGCUACAAACUGUCCAUUACAGUCGGGAACAACAAGGCCCAAGCCUCUUGCAUCUCCUAGUUUGAAGUUGCGGCAUCAACAUUAAUCUUCACCCAUCCCCCCUCCGGGGGUUUCCAAGAGUCAUUUUCCCCGCUGAAGUCUGCGCCUUAGACUUAGGAAAUUGCGCAGCCUUCCACCCGUCCCAAACUGUUUCGCCGCAGGUGAUUACUCCCUUCCAAUUUGGAUUCAAGUUUUUUCAAAUCUUCUCAUUCCGAGCUUUCCACAAGCUCCCAAAACUUGAAUGGGGAGUGGGCGCCGUUGGUGGCAAAUUUUCCAAACUCCUCUUUCGUGCUACUCGCUGCUACCAACGACGCCCAGUCCCCAAAACUCCAGGCUGCCAAAGUCAGAAAAUUCCUGCCCCUGUUAUUCCACACCGCCGAGCUAAAGUGCAGUCUCGGAGAAUGUGCAGCGAGCUUUCUUCUCCAUGUCCGCAAAUCAGACACUUUGGCCACAAAGGCACUCUCCUUUGGAUUAGCCGUUGUUUGCUAGGAGGACCCGAUGCUCUUUCCGCACGGGGACACUGAAGACACAGAGAACCUUACAUCCCUCUCCAAAGCAUUUCUUCAGUUUGAUAUUUCGACAACCUGUGCCGUCAAACCGCGAAUCAUAUCUACAGAGAUGAACAUUUCUCGCUCCAGUGAGAAGGAUCCUGAGACAAUCGAAGUCCAACACAUCUUUACUGAAAUGACAGAGGAGGACCCCAUUCAACAUUUGGAAGCAGAUUUGUCGAAUGAUGAUUUUGACACUCCUUCAAGAUUCUUUCCAUCGGAAGAAGAACUUUUGGAUCAAUUGGUUGAUACCAAAUCUGCUCCCAUUCCAAAGAGGAGGAGCACCCGCAUCAGAUCCAAGAUUGCGCACGCUUUGCACUAAUUUCUUGGGUCCAGUAGCAUUAAAUCUUUGAUCUCUAGUUCCUUUACAUUCCUUGUUAUUUUCUCUUUCCUUGCAUUGUACUUUUUUCUUCUAUAUUCAAUAAAAUUUUUUCCUUUCCCAAAAAAAAAAAGGGAAAAUGGAA